UUUUGCUUAUAAAAAAAUUGAUUAAUAAAUUUCCUUCAACACAUUCAUCAUAUCAUAUCAUAUCAUCAUGAUGGUCCAUACAUAACAUACAUACCCAUCAUAUACUACUCCCCUCUCCUAUAAAAAAGCCACAUUCUCCUCAUCACUCUCAUAUACUUUUUUCCAUCUAAAAACAUUUCCCAAAUUGAACAAGAAAACGGAAAAUAGUAUUUACCAAAAGUUAGUUACGUUACUAUUAACAUCAAUAUGGCGCCGAAGGUUAAGAGCGGUGGCGUUAAAGUAAACGCUAACGGUAACAUCAAUAUUAACGGCGGCGUUAAGGAGGCGCAUUUUAGAGGAGUAAGAAAGAGACCAUGGGGAAGAUACGCCGCUGAGAUCAGAGAUCCAGGCAAGAAAAGCCGCGUUUGGCUCGGAACUUUCGACACGGCGGAAGAAGCGGCGAGAGCUUACGACAGAGCCGCAUUCCAAUUUCGCGGUCUGAAGGCUAAAACAAAUUUUCCUUUCAAUAAUAUCCAAAGUCCUAGCCAAAGCAGCACCGUUGAAUCUUCCAGCCGUGACCGUGACGCUGCCGCCGAUUCUUCGCCGCUUGAUCUAAACUUGGCUCCUGUUCGGUUUCCGUUUCAGAACCGGUAUACUCCGAUGCCGGAGGUUAAUCAGACGUUUUGCUUCGAUGAUGUUCUACGCGCCGGCAUGGUGAAUUACGGUUAUGCGACGGCGACUGCGAUGGCUGCGGCACCAGUGCAGAGUGAUUCGGACUCUUCGUCGGUGAUUGAUCUGAACCACCACCGUGAUGACGGUGUUAAAGGUGUUAGAAUUUUGGAUCUGGAUCUUAACUACCCUCCUCCGGAAUAUACGCUAUAAAACAGAAUAAUGAAAUUUCGGUUUUAUUUUUAUGAAUUUCUCUUUAUUUUUUAUGAGUAGAGAAAAAAACAGAAACAGAAGCGUAUGAUGAAGAAUGAAAUACAGUAUGUGUGAAUACAGAGUACUACAUAGACGAUUGUUUGUGUCUAUUUUUUGCGACAGAGAAACUAGUGCGGUUUCAAUCUGUUGUUCCCAAAUUACUAUUUUAAGAAACUUUUCUCCACUUUUUCCUUUUUAGCUUAAUUGUAAUGGUUUUAGCUUGGAGCCAAAGUAUAACUGAAAUUGAAAUUAACUCA